AUGAACGGCUCGCAACUGUGAAUCGGUUCGCAUCGUUCACUUGAAAGAGUCGUUCAAAAGACCGACUCGUUCGCGAACGUCACAUCUCUGCUUGGUAUGAUGAAGACACUGAAAGCAUCAACGACCUGUUGAUUAAAGAAUAUAUCUCUAUCUUCUUUCAACAGGCGGAAUGAGAGCCGUUCUAGCAUGGAAAGACAAUGUUCGUGAUCAAUGUGAAAGAAAAAAAGAGCGGCCAAAAACUGUUAAUCAGCAAAGAAGUGUAUCCAUAAUAACGGCAACAAUCAAAGAGAAAGACAGAAACGAGUGUAGCCUUUGCCAUGAGGAGGAUCUUGGCUGCAGUCUGAGGCAGAGUGGAAUGAGCUUGACAGGAUCCUUUAAAGGUGCCAGGGAUCAGAGGUCGGAGAGCGUUUAUGACCUUGCAUUCAAGCCAGAUGGAAGCCAACUUAUCGUUGCUGCAGGCCUUCGUGUCCUGGUUUAUGACACAGCGGAUGGAAAUAUGGUUCAGCCUUUGAAAGGACACAAAGACAUAGUGUACUGUGUGGCUUAUGCAAAAGAUGGUAAGAGAUUUGCCUCAGGGUCAGCUGACAAAAGCAUCAUCAUCUGGACAUCUAAACUGGAGGGUAUUUUGAAAUACACUCACAAUGACUCAAUCCAGUGUGUGGCCUACAACCCUGUCACUCACCAACUUGCCUCCUGCUCUUCUGGUGACUUUGGUCUAUGGUCUCCAGAGCAAAAGUCAGUGAACAAACAUAAAGUGAGCAGCAAAAUCACAUGUUGUGGGUGGACGAAUGAUGGCCAGUACCUUGCCCUUGGCAUGAUGAAUGGAGUGGUGAGUAUUCGAAACAAGAAUGGAGAGGAGAAGGUGAAGAUAGAGCGUCCAGGGGGUUCCUCCUCUCCUAUCUGGUCCAUAGCGUGGAACCCAUCUAAAGAUGAGCACAAUGACAUGCUGGCUGUGGCAGACUGGGGUCAGAAGCUGUCUUUCUAUCAGCUCAGUGGAAAGCAGAUUGGAAAAGACAGGACUCUCACCUAUGACCCAUGUUGCGUCAGCUAUUUCUCUAAGGGGGAGUAUAUAGUCAUGGGCGGCUCUGAUAAACAGUCCUCCCUCUACACUAAAGAUGGAGUGCGGCUAGGAACCAUUGGAGAGCAGAAUGCCUGGGUGUGGACGUGCCGGGUUAAGCCUGACUCAAACUUUGUGGUGCUGGGCUGCCAGGAUGGAACCAUUGCCUGCUACCAACUUAUCUUCAGCACAGUUCACGGCCUCUACAAGGAUCGCUACGCAUACAGAGACAGCAUGACUGAUGUCAUCGUCCAGCACCUCAUUACCGAACAAAAAGUAAGGAUCAAGUGUCGUGAGCUGGUGAAAAAGAUUGCCAUCUACAGAAACCGCCUUGCCAUUCAGCUGCCAGAGAAAAUCCUCAUCUACGAGCUGUAUUCAGACGACUCCUCAGACAUGCACUACCGCAUUAAGGAGAAGAUUGGCAGGAAGCUUGAAUGCAACUUGCUGGUGGUCUGCUCCCAGCAUAUCAUCCUGUGUCAGGAGAAGAGGCUCCAGUGCAUGUCUUUCACCAGUGUCAGGGAAAAAGAAUGGGUAAUGGAGUCUCUAAUUCGCUACAUCAAAGUGAUUGGUGGUCCGCCAGGAAGAGAGGGCCUGCUGGUGGGAUUAAAGAACGGAGCAAUCCUGAAGAUAUUUAUCGACAACCCGUUUCCAAUCACGCUGCUGAAGCUGUCGUCCUCAGUGCGCUGUCUGGACAUGAGCGCCUCCCGCAGCAAACUGGCUGUAGUGGAUGAACACAAUACUCUCCUGGUGUAUGACAUCAACAGUAAAGAGCUGCUUUUUCAGGAGCCUAAUGCUAACAGUGUUGCCUGGAACACCCAGUGUGAAGACAUGCUGUGCUUCUCUGGCAACGGCUACCUUAACAUCAAAGCUAGCAACUUUCCUGUACAUCAGCAGAAAAUGCAAGGCUUCAUGGUCGGCUACAACGGAUCUAAGAUCUUCUGUCUCCACGUUUAUUCCAUGUCUGCGGUGGAGGUGCCUCAGUCUGCACCUAUGUACCAAUACCUGGAGAGGAAGAUGUUUAAGGAGGCCUACCAGAUCGCCUGUCUGGGUGUGACGGACAGUGACUGGAGGGAUUUAGCCACAGAGGCCAUGGAGGGACUCGACUUCGACACUGCUAAGAAGGCCUUCAUCAGAAUCAGGGACCUUCGCUAUCUGGAGCUCAUCAAUAGCAUUGAGGAGAGGAAGAAGCGGGGUGAGAACGACAAUGAACUGUUCUUGGCAGACGUCUAUGCCUACCAAGGGAAAUUCCACGAGGGAGCCAAGCUCUACAAACGUACAAGUCAUGAAUCCAGAGCCCUGAGCAUGUACACUGACCUGCGCAUGUUCGACUACGCCAAGGAGUUUGUCGGAUCUACGGACCCUAAGAGCACCCGGAUCCUGAUGACCAAGCAGGCAGAGUGGGCUAAGAGCAGCAAGGAGCCCCGGGCAGCGGCGGAGAUGUACCUGUCAGCAGGAGAGCAUCUUAAAGCCAUAGAUAUUAUAGGCGAACACGGCUGGGCAGACAUGCUGAUCGACAUCGCCCGAAAGUUGGACAAAGCUGAACGGGAACCUCUUGCAAAGUGUGCACUUUACUUUGAAAAGCUGAAGCACCAUGGCUACGCCUCUGAGACUUAUUCCAAGAUGGGAGACUUGCAGGCUUUAAUGCGGCUGCAUGUGGAAACCAGGCACUGGGAUGAGGCUUUCUCACUGGUGGAGAAGCACCCCCAGUUCAAAAACAAUGUCUUUGUCCCGUACGCGCAGUGGUUGGCUGAGAAUGACCGCUUUGAAGAGGCGCAGAAAGCAUUUCACAAGGCAGGGCGACAAAACGAAGCUGUGAAAGUCUUGGAACAGCUUACCAACAAUGCCGUAGUUGAGAACAGGUUCAAUGAUGCAGGGUACUAUUAUUGGAUGCUGUCAAUGCAGUGUCUGGACAUCGCUAGAGAAAGUGAAGAGCAGACGGAGGAAAUGCUGAAGAAGUUUGAACGUUUUCAGCGCCUGGCUGAGCUUUACCAUGUCUAUCGCUCCAUCCAGCGCUACACAGACGAGCCCUUCAGUUCCCACAUGCCGGAGACGCUUUUCAACAUUUGCAGGUUCCUCCUGAGCAACCUCACCAAGAACAUACCACCAGGCAUUUCUAAAGUUAACACCUUGUACGCGCUGGCAAAGCAGAGUCGAAAACUGGGUGCGUAUAAGCUUGCCAGGUAUUCCUACGAGAAGCUCCAGGAGCUGCACAUCCCCUCCCGCUUCCAGGAGUCCAUAGAGCUGGGCAGCCUCACCAUCCGCUCCAAACCGUUUCACGACAGCGAGGAUCUGAUUGAGGGCAUGAUGUGCUACCGCUGUUCCACUAACAACCCCCUGCUGCUCAACCAGGGGAGCGUGUGCAUCAACUGCAGGCAGCCUUUCAUCUACUCUGCUUCAUCAUACGAGGUGUUGCCUCUGAUGCAGUUCUACCUCGAGGAGGGCAUCGGUGAUGAAGAGGCUGUGUCGCUCAUUGACCUAGAAGUUCCUCACACAGAUGAGGGGGAUGGACGCUGGCAGGACAAUGGUGAGCCACAAGCUAUGAGGAUUGAUGAUGGUUUGGGUGAUACAGAGGAGGAUCCAUUUACAGCCAAAAUGAGCUUUGAGCAGGGGGGUUCGAACUUUGUCCCAGUCAAGGUGGGUCGCCCGUCGCUGCGCUCUAUGAGCAGGAGGGACGUGCUGAUCAAACGCUGGCCAAGGCCGCUCAAAUGGGAAUACUUCCGCUCCCUGCUGCCCGACGUGAGCAUCACCAUGUGCCCCACCUGCUUCAAGAUGUUUCACAGUGAGGAUUAUGAACUUCUGGUGCUUCAACACAACUGCUGUCCAUACUGUCGCAGACCCAUUGAUGAGCCAAACUGAUACACUUGGGAUCAGAGCAGCUCUUCAAACAUUUUUCUUUACCUUCAAACUCUUUGUCCUUUUUUUUUAUUGUCCUAUAAAUGUAUGUGUUGUAAUACCAUUGCCUCUGUUGAUAUGUUAAAAGCAGCUCUGUCUGUGUGAAGUAGUGUUUGUGUGUAAGUGUGUAAGCAAAGUGCACCAUCAGCCAAUUAAGACAAUUGGAUUAUUUGGAUCAGAUUACUUUUGGCUGUCUCUGAUUACAUUAUCACUUUAAAUGGACCGUUGGUGCAGAGUGUACAGAAUAUCCUGUAGCGAGAUAUUUAUUUAAAAAAAUGAUUUAACCUAGACGAAUACAUCAGCAUUGAAUACAAAAAAACAGACACUUACAUUAUAAGGAUUGUAUAAAAGAAAGAAAAUAGUUAUACAAAAAAAACACAAAUUUUACAGGCGACAGUAUACCCAUAUAUACACAUACACAAACACACACGCACGCACGCACACGCACACACACACACACGAUUCUGUGCUUUUAUACCACUAAAAGAUAUGACAUCUCUUACUCAGUUAUAAGAUUGUAUUUUUAUUUUGUUACAAGCCUUUUCAAUAAAGUAUUUUGUUAUUUUUUAA